GAAACAGAUACACAAUACUAUCAGGUCAAACUGAUUCAUAGGCUCAGCUGGUUGUGGAUAAAAUCUCCAAGCAAUCUUGCUAGCAUGGCCUUCAACUUCAGGACGGUAUCUGGAAAUUGUCCGAAUUUUUCUGCACCAGUUUUGCAUGGUGAGAAACCUUUAUCAAUAGCUUUCGCAACAGACCUGUUGGGAGGGGACGGCAGACCUGACUCGAGUAAAGUCCGCAAGGAGAAUGUGAUAAAUGCACCUGGGGGGUUUGCAGGCCUGCCAGGGGCAGAACAGUGGAAAAGUAAGAUGGAGUCCCCAUGGAGGGAGGUGGCAUGGACUGAGGAUCGCAGGGAGACCCUGAUGAAGUCUAUCAGUUCCUAUAAGCCUGGUUGUGAGGAUUUGUCUGAGGCUCGGGUUCUGCUGGUGGGGCCUGUCGGAGCCGGCAAGUCCAGCUUCAUCAGCUCUGUUCAGUCAGUCUUCACAGGAAGAUUCACUAACCGGGCCAUGGUUGGCUCUUCCUCUACCAGCUUCACCAAAAAGGUAGAGCUCCAGUUGUUCAACAUCCGUGGGCGGAGUCCGGAGCAGCCUACUGCGCUGGUCCUGUGUGAUGUCAUGGGUCUGGGAGAUGGGGAGACCACUGGACUAACCCUCCAUGACACUCUGGCUAUCAUCAAAGGCCAUGCACCCGAGGGACACAAGUUCAGUCCUGAGCAGCCUGUGAGAUCAGAGACUGUGGGCUAUGUGAAGAAGCCGUCCCUUAAAGACAAGGUCCACUGUGUCGUCUUUGUGGUGGAUGCUUCUAAAGUGUCCAGCUACACCAAAGGUCUGGGCACCACCUUCCAACAGCUCCGAGAACACAUCAGUGACCUGGGUGUGCAUCAAGUGGCACUGCUGACACACGUGGACCAGGUGUGUCAGGAAACCGCCCGUGACAUCACCCAGGUGUACAACAGUCGGAUCGUUCAGCAGACGAUGACCAAGGCUGGGGCUCUGCUUGGCAUGUCCACCUCCUACAUCGUCCCGGUGAAGAACUACUCAUCUGAGCUGGACGUUGAUGAGAACACAGACAUCCUUCUGCUCAGUGCUGUGGACCACAUCCUGCAAUACGUGGAUCUGCAUUUCCAGGACUGUGCAGCAACAUACCCCAAACUGUCUCUUUAAAAAGGCUGUGAAAUGCUAUUUAAUAUAAAAAUGCAUUACAUAUGUUUAUCAUGUUUUAUGACUUGCUUGCACUAUUGUUAACUUUUUAACUAGUUCUUUACAGAAGUCUUGCUUUGACUAAAAUAAAUGUGUA